CCUGGAAGUCAUUUACACAGAUCAGAACAAGUAUGAACAUGGAAGUAAAGGCAACGUGAGGGGACGCGUUUACAGGGGAUAAAAAAAGAAGAAGAAAGAUUAACACACAGGAAGUAGGAAGUGUGAUCUACGAUAUCUCCAGUUUGUGUGUGUGUGUGUGUGUUUGAGCGUGAAUUUAUUUUUGUGUGUGUGCGUGUGUGUUUGUGUGUGUGUGCGUGUGUGUGCUCUGGUAUGUGUGAAAUGAUACGCUGACCUGUGGUAUGAUUUAAGGACAAUGUCUCUGAAACUACCUCGCAACUGGGACUUCAGCACCUUCAAGGCUGAGACAGCUCGCAUAGCACGAUCCAGGAGUGUGAUACCUGGAGAAGGAGGCUCUGGCCCGGGCUCACCGCGCUCCCCCAGGUCCAUGGAGAGGCCGCUGAAGGCCGGCUGGCUCAAGAAACAGCAGAGGUCUUUAGUGAAGAACUGGCAGCAGCGUUAUUUUGUGCUGAGAGGAAGCACUCUGACCUACCACAAAGAUGACAAGGAGACAACUGUCCAGGGAGUCAUCCAGCUGCGGUUCAGUAAAGUUAAUGAACUCCCCCCGAACUCAGACGACCCCGGGAAGUACCUCUUCGAGAUCAUACCACGUGCAACUGGAGACAGAGAGCGAUGUCCCUAUGUGUUCAUGGCAAACUCCCAGAGCGACAUGGAGGAGUGGGUCCGCACUCUGCGCAGGGUCAUUGGAGUACCAACAAGUGGAGUGUUUGGAAAGAGUCUCAUGGACACAGUAGCAUAUGAGCACCGGUUUGGGCCUCACCUGGUGCCAAUCCUAGUGCAGAAGUGUGUGGAGUUCAUCAAAGAACAUGGCCUAGAUGAGGAAGGCAUCUUCCGUCUCCCGGGUCAGGACAAUGCUGUGAAACAGUUCAGAGACGCCUUUGAUGCAGGAGAGAGGCCCUCUUUCCCCAGUGACACAGAUGUCCACACAGUGGCGUCGCUGCUCAAGCUCUACCUGCGUGAGCUUCCUGAGCCAGUGGUGCCCUGGACUCAGUACCAAGACUUCCUGGACUGCACCAACCUGCUGGACCCCAGCAGUUCAGAGGGUUUGGAAAAACUGGAGAAACAAAUUGCUCUUCUUCCCAGAAACAACUACAACCUUCUCAGUUAUGUCUGUCGGUUUUUGUUUGAGGUGCAGCUGCACUCCAAGGUGAAUAAGAUGAAUGUGGAGAACUUGGCUACAGUGAUGGGGAUCAACCUGCUUAAACCUCAGAUAGAAGAUCCCAUCACUGUGAUGAAGGCAACGCCUCAGAUCCAGAAGCUGAUGACAGUGAUGAUCAGACAGCAUGAGACUCUGUUUCCUCUGUCUAAAGACGUGUUGCCCUCCCCUCCCUUAAACAAGGCUGAAAGCCAGAAGAACACUCCCAGAAGCUUUGUGGGCUGGGAGUCUGCAGAGAUGGGUGAUGCAUCUCUGUCUGAGUCUCCAGAAGAGGAGGAGGACAACGACAGUCCAGGUCCAAGGAGAGGAAACAGCAGCCCCCAAAGCAUGCCUCAGGAACCUUGCUCACCUUCCACACCUUCCACAGACGACUGGCUCGGAAGUCCCCGCAAACGCACCCAGACCCUACCCACCUUCAACUGCCCCCUCACCGGGAUGGCAGCCAAGGCAGACGCCCUCAACCGGUGGAGUCACAUCCAGGAGAGUGUGGAGGAGAAGAGUGGGACAUUGUCAGAAGACAUUUUUAAGAUCCUAGACCUCCGGAGUUCAGGCUCAUUGUUUGGGGGGUCUCAAAUGAGUAACAAGGAGGGAGAGGAUAGGUUAACAGCCCGAAGAGGAAGUGACAACACAGGUUCUACUACUAGUGGCUCCCAAAAACCUGACAGCGACUCCUGGACUGCCCAGGCGCUGGCUCGUCAAAAGAGUGCAGGGAACCUGACAGUGAGCAGUUCACUCCAGCAGGUCAACAGCAGGUCUGAGCAGAAGAAAGACACCCAGCCGCUUGUAGACAGUCUGCAGCAGGAGAACAAGGAGCUGAAGGCCACAGUGGCAGAGCUCCAGUCUGCUCUGGAGGCAGAACGCCGCCGUGUGGCUGCUCUUGAGAUCUGCCUGAGAAAUGCUGAGCGCAGCCGCGACGAGGCCCAGAAACGCAACGAGGAGCUGCAGAGAGACAUUCAGCAGUUCCUCACCAAAGCGCCACAAGCUCCCACCUAACAGUAAUUCUCAGACUCACUAGUAUAUGGAUUUAUGAAUCCGUUAACCUCAACAGAGUUAUUUCAACGUGAACUGGUAAUGGAAUAUACUAUUGUCCCCCAGUGGGAUGACACUGGCUUGUUUCCAUUUGAACUCUGUUUGGUCCUCAAUAUUAAUUAUUGGCUCAUUUAUUUGUGCCUGUGAGAAAGUGUGUCAAGAAGAGAUCUAAAUAGGCUUUCAUAUCACCAUUGACAUUAAAGACUUAAACAGAUUGUUCCUUCCUGCUGCAGAAGUCAUGUCACCGUAUUUAAACUGCCUUGAUCUGGUGUGUCCAAAGAAUUGCAAGGCCGGACAACAUCAGCACAGAAUGAACCCUUUGUUUAAAGAUCAUCUAGACUCAAUAUUGUUAAUGGUGGGCAGUACAAAUACUGUGUGUCAUACAUGGAGUGAGUAGUCCAUUAUCUGAUGUUCCAUUUAAAUGGUAAAUUAAUAAAACAGUGCACAUUUAA